UCCAGAGGGAGAAAAAGAGAUGACUGCUACGUCAACUCCGGAGAUCGAGCUCCCCCCACUAAUGAGGAGAGAAAAAAUAAAAAGAAAAAGAAAAGGAAAAUAGCCUAUAUGUCACUCUCGCCAAAACUUUAUUUCCGGUCCACUCCACCACCAAGACUCUCUCUCUCUCUCUCUCUCUGUGUGGAGAACGAAGCGCAGCAAAGCGCGAUGGAGAGGAGCGUUCCCGUGAGAAAACCCCACGCCUCGACGGCGGAUCUGCUCACCUGGUCAGAGGCCCCGCCGGCCGCCGACUCCGCCACCCCCUCCCGCCGCACCCACAAGCCCGCGGGAGGGAUCAGCCCUGUGAUGUUCGGCGCCCAGAUGAGCGCGGAGGAGGCUGAGAGCUUGCAUAAGAGGAGACCUUGCUCUGGCUCGAAGUUCAGAGAGAUGACUGGCAGUGGAAUCUUUGCAGCUGACAAUGAAAAUGGUGCGUCAGAAUCUGGUGCUUCUGUCUCGAAUCUUAAUAAAACAAGUGUACGAGUGUAUCAGCAAGCUGUUAGCACAAUUAGCCAUAUCUCAUUCAGUGCUGAUGAGAGUGUCUCUCCAAGGAAGCCCACCACCCUUACAGAGGUAGCAAAGCAGCGAGAGCUAAGUGGCACUCUGGAUAGUGAAUCAGAGGCUAAAACUAAUAAGCAGAUCUCUGAAGCAAAGUGCAAAGAACUUUGUGGGCAUGACAUCUUUGGUCCUCCAGCUGAGGUUCCACCCAGGCCAUUAGCAGCUCGCAAUUUGGAGUUGAGGGGCAACUUGGACUUUGGGUUACCCCAGCCACGAAACAUACAUACAUCCGUAAAAGUAUCUAAUCCGGCUGGUGGUCCAAGCAAUAUCAUGUUUAGUGAGGAGCCUGUGAUCAAGACUGCAAAGAAAAUCCACAACCAAAAGUUUCAAGAGCUCACAGGAAAUGACAUUUUCAAAGGAGAUGGACCGCCUGGAUCUGCUGAGAAGCCAUUGAGCAUGGCAAAGCUUAGGGAGAUGAGUGGGAGCGAUAUAUUUGCUGAUGGGAAGGCCGCUUCCAGGGAAUAUUAUGGAGGUGUCCGUAAGCCCCCUGGUGGCGAGAGCAGCAUCACACUGGUCUAAGUUUUCUAACAUAUUUACAUUAGCAUAUGUUGGUUUCUAAUUUAAGUCAGGAAGAUGUUUUAUGGGGUGAUUAAAACACUUCCUGCAUGUGGUUGGUGUUUUAGGAGUGUUUGAUCUUAGCUCUGCAGUCAUGGAGAGCGGCUUUGAUAUAUCUAAUUUAAAAUUCAAACAAUGGAAUGUUGUCUGAACUUUCUUUCUUGUAUCGUACUUUAUAGCAUUCUACAUGAUCAUGAUUUUGGACCUAAUCUUAAAGUAAA